AUGUUCUCUGAGGAAGGCUUGCAGCAACAGUGCCACUCGCAGACCGACAAGCUGCAGCUGGUACAGUCUCAGGUCCAAGAUGAGAAGGAAGAGCGAGAGAAGUGCUUCGAGGCUUUGGAGAGCACCAUGGAGAAGCUCAAAUCUUCAGAGGAGGUGUGUGAGAUCGCAAAGCAGCACGUCCGGCAACUGCAAGAUGAUCUGGAAGCUUCAGAGCUGGAGAGUGCUCAAGCCGCCAUGAGGCUUGGGAUUCGCAACAGCUUGACCCAAGCUCCGGAUAUGGAGCCUUUGCGAGAUCAAGUUCUCCAGGGCAGUGAUGCAAAGGUAGGCAUUUCCCCUGGUGCAGAGACCAACUUGGUGCAGCGCAUGGCGGCCGUAAUCCGUCGAAACCUGCUCCUUCAGAGGCGACUCUCUGGUCUCCUGGAGUGGCGCUCCGAAGUCACAGUCGGGAAGCUUCAGAAUGAGUUGAUGCAGAAGGAGCAAGAUGCGACUGAGACUGGUGACGGUGAGAUUGGGUGCACCUUGGCGCAGGCCCUCCAGGAGCUCGAGGCGGAGCGGGCGGAGCGCGCGGCGAUUGCGGAAGAGGCAGAGGAGCCUGGGUACGAGGACCAGCUGGCGCAGCUGCAACAUGAGCCGGCUGCCUUUCAAUUACAGUGCACCGGGAUUGAGGAAGCGAGGGGAAUGACCGGGGGGAUCGGCAAGUCUUAUUUCACUGCACGCUUGGCUGACACCUGGGUGGACAGGCAGUCCGUCCGGAUUUUCGGCGCCAAGCUUGCCGAGCUGCAACGAGAGAAGGGUGCGCACAGCAGCUUCGAGGCACCCGCAUCCAGCUCUGAGUACUCCUCGCCUUCUCCGAUGAGGUUCUCAGCCGUGGGGGCGAGCUCCUUCGAGUUCGAAAGUGGGGAGGCUUCAAGGAUGAGCAGUCUGCAAGCCGAGCUGGAGUCAGCUCUCGCCAGCAAGCGCAGAGCGGACGAGGAGAACCGACAGCUGCUGGAGCAGGCUUUGCAGGCAAGCUCGCACGCCGAGGAACUGGUUGCUUCUGGGCAGCAGCAGCGGGAGAUGCUCCAAGGAAGGUUUGAGGAAGAGUGCAUGCACUUCCACCAGCAACGUGCUGCACACCUCCAGGCCGCAGAGGAUGAGAGCAGGCUACAGCAGGAGCUGCGGGAGGAGGCGGAAGCAAGUCAGACAAGCCGAGCGGCGCUGGCGGCUGACUAUCAAGCUCAGCUGCAGGCACUAUCCGAGCUCUCUAAGAGCAGCACCACGGCCCUGGCAAUGCAGGAAGCCGAGGCUAGCGACGCUCGACAGCGAGCGGCUGAGCAUCAGCAGCGCGCCAGAGAAGCUGAGCUCCAGGAGAGCAAGCUGCAGCAGGAGCUGCAGGAGAAGGUCGAAGCACAUCGCACGAGCCGAGCGGCAUUGGUGGCUGAACAUCAAGCGCAACUGCAGGAGCAACAGGCACUAUCCGAGCUCUCCAAGAAAAGCACCACGGCCCUGGCGAUGCAGCAAGCCGAGGCCAGCGACGCUCGGCAGCGAGCUGCUGAACAUCAGCAGCGCGCCAGAGAAGCUGAGCUCCAGGAGAGCAAGCUGCAGCGGGAGCUAGAGGAGGAGGUCGAAGCACAUCGCACGAGCCGAGCGGCAUUGGUGGCUGAACAUCAAGCGCAACUGCAGGAGCAACAGGCACUAUCCGAGCUCUCCAAGAAAAGCACCACGGCCCUGGCGAUGCAGGAAGCCGAGGCCAGCGACGCUCGGCGGCGAGCUGCUGAAUAUCAGCAGCGCGCCAGAGAAGCUGAGCUCCAGGAGAGCAAGCUACAGCGGGAGCUAGAGGAGGAGGUCGAAGCACAUCGCACGAGCCGAGCGGCAUUGGUGGCUGAACAUCAAGCGCAACUGCAGGAGCAACAGGCACUAUCCGAGCUCUCCGAGAAAAGCACCACGGCCCUGGCGAUGCAGGAAGCCGAGGCCAGCGAAGCCCGACAGCAAGCUGCUGAACAUGAAAAGCGCGCCAAGGAAGCUGAGCUCCAGGAGAGCAAGCUGGAGAGAGAGCUGCGCGAGGAGGUGGAAGCGAGUCAGAAAAGCAGAGCGGCACUUGCGGCUGAAUGCCAAGCUCAGCUGCAAGAGCAGCAGGCAAUGUCCGAGAUUGCCGCAGCCCUUGCGAAGCAGGAAGCCGAGGCCAGCGAGGCCCGACAGCAAGCUGCUGAUUUCCAACAGCGCGCCAAAGAAGCUGAGCUCCAGGAGAGCAAGCUAGCGAGCGAGCUGCGGCAGGAAGAGGAAGCGAAUCAGAAAAGCAGAGCGGCACUGGUGGCUGAACAACAAGCUCUUCUGCAAGAGCAGCGGGCCAGCGCGGCCCGGCAGCGAGCUGCUGAACAUCAGCCACGCGCUGAAGAAGCUGAGCUCCAGGAGAGCAAGCUAUGCUUGGAGAGGGAGCUGCGGGAGGAGGUGGCAGCGAAUCAGAAAAGCAGAGCGGCGCUGGCGGCUGAACACCAAGCUCUUCUGCAGGAGCAGAGUGCCAUAUCCGCGAUUUCCGAGCACGGUGCCACAGCCCUGGCCAUGCAGGAAGCCGAGGCCAGCGAAGCCCGACAGCGAGCUGCAGAAUACCAACAGCGUGCAAAAGAAGCCGAGCUCCAGGAAAGCAGGCUGGAGAGAGAGCUGCAGGACGAGGUGGAAGAAUCUCGUUUGCAUGGGCCAGCGAGGCCCGACAGCAAGCUGCUGAACAUCAACAGCGUGCUAAAGAAGCUGAGCUCCAGGAUCACGGGACUUGCCUUGUGUUGGUUGUUUUUUCAGAGUGCGGAGAGCAACCUAGCGAGGGAGCUGCGGGAGGAGGUGGACGUGAAUCAGAAAAGCAGAGCGGCGCUGGUGGCUGAACAACAAGCUCUUCUGCAAGAGCAGCGGGAGCGCGAGCCACUCUUAGAGAGGGAGCUGCGGGAGGAGGUGGAAGCGAAUCAAAAAAGCAGAGCGACGCUGGUGGCUGAACACCUGGCUCUUUUGCAGCAGCAGCGGGCAUCUUCCGCGAUUUCCGAGCACGGUGCCGCAGCCCUGGCCAUACAGGAAGCCAAGGCCAGCGAGGCCCGACAUCAAGCUGCUGAACAUCAACAGCGUGCUGAAGAAGCUGAGCUCCAGGAGAACAACCUAGCGAGGGAGCUGCGGGAGGAGAUGGACGCAAGUCAUAGAAGCAGAGCGGCGCUGGUGGCUGAACAACAAGCUCUUCUGCAGGAGCAGCGGGCCAGCGAGGCCCGUCAGCGAGCUGCUGAACAUCAACCACGUGCCCAAGAAGCUGGGCUCGAGGAGAGCAAGUCAGAAAGGGAGCUUCGUGACGAGGUCAAAGAAUCUCAGAACAGCAGAGCGGCGCUGGUGGCUGAAUGCCAAGCUCUUCUGGAGAAGCAGCAGGCAGCCUCCCAGAUGUCCAUGCAGCACAGCGCUGCUGCCCUGGCAAUACGAGAGGCAGAGGCAGCGCAACAGCAACGUAUUUGUGACAUGUUGCGGUCAGAAGUGGCGAAGAUGGAGCAGCUGUCGUCUACACCUUCGAGUCAAGUCAGAUCAGAACAAGUCGAAGCAGAGGAUACUAUUGGGCACGCGGUUCCCGCUGCUCCUCAGCGUGCGGCACCAGGCACCGACUUGAAAGACGACCAGAUGCAGCAUGUGCUAAAUACUCUGUCGCGCAUGACCCGCAAACUGACCCAGAGGCUGCACUUGGCCGAGCAGGAACUGAAGGAUGAGAUGCGAUGCGCCUUGAAAGCCCAAAAGGAAGUCCAGGACCAGCGCAUGCAGCAAGCAGCUGCUUUGGCUGACAAGGAGGCUGAAAUGCAGAAGAGACUGGCACAGCUGGAGCGCGGAAGGAUGGAGGCGUCCCGAAAGUCUCAAUCUCUGCAGGCGGAGGCCGAGAAUUCAGCGGUGGCUGCAGCCGUCGGUCAGGCAGAAGCACAGUUUGAGGAAAGCAUGCAACAACUGAGGAGAGAAGUGUCACUGGAGAAGAGCCAACAUGCUGCCAAUGUUUCACAACUGAAGCAGCAACUUAUACAAGCAGGCAUCGAGGCCCAGAUUAGAGAGGAGGACGUUGCUCGGAUGGUCCACUUCGAGCUCCAGCAGUCACGCCAAGAAUGCGACAGUCUGCGCCGAGACGCAUCGGCAACCAUGACUGCGGAGCUGGUGGCGAUAAAGGAAGAGGCAGCUGCUGUGGCGCGAUCACAUGCUCAGAUUCUGAGUGCGAAGAAUGAGCUGCAGGAUGAACUCCUGGCGCUCCAGCAGCAAUCAGUCGUGGAUCUCGCCGCGACGCAGAGGUCGGAGCGUGCGGCGGCAGCUUUGCGAAGCCUCGUGGCCGACAUCCGGCAUGCGGAAGAGGGCGCAGCGGCCAGGGAAGCGGCUGCCAUUGAAGAGCUGACUGCGACGAGGGGGAGGUUCGAAAUUCAGACCAUGGAGCUGGAGGCAGCAAAAUCAGACGAGCUGCGCAGCGAGCAGCUUCUCCAUGCCGCACACGAGGUUCAGCGUAUGCUGCACGACGAGUGUGGAGCCUUGACGGCGCAUGUGGAGCGGGCUGCUACGGCUGAGUCGGUGGCUCAGGCUAGAGCUGCUGAGCUUGACGAACAGCGCCAAGUCCUGCGACAGGAGUGCCAACGCCUCCGCAGUGACAACGUACUUCUUCGUCGGCAGCUGCACGGCGGAUCACCCGCGCUUCAGGACAUCAAGAUUGUUGCAGCUGCACGAGGUCGCCCUUGA